CAUUAACGCAAUUGAAAACCACCCAAAAGGUGCAAUGGAGAACUUCCUGUUUAAGAAGUGGUCAAGUGUUCUUUUCACACACACACUUUCUCACAGAGACACAGAGAGAGUUACUAGGGAAGGAAAUGAAGUCGAGUUGGAAGAGGUGGUGGAGCUCUGUUGACAAGCACACCCACUUGUUUGUGAAAUUGGCACUUUCAAUCCUCCUAUUUGGUCUUGCUUUCAGGUUUAUCUUCUCUCAAGCAACUGGGUUUUCUAAUGUUGCUGAUACACCCUUUAUCAAGCAAGCAGUGAAUCCGAAACCGGCAGUUUCUAUUGAUUUCCCGGAAAAUCAAGACCACUUUCCUGGAAAUGACACUCCAGUUUCAGUCAACCCAAAACAAGAAGUUUCUGCCGAUUUACGAAACACCCAAAUUCCUGAAAAUGGUACUCUGGUUUUGGUGAAUCCAGAACUGGUUGAUUUGGAGGAGACUAGAGAUCAGAUUCCUGAAAAUGGUAUUCAAAUUUCGGGAAAUGGGACUCAGGUUUUGGUGAAUCCGAAACAACCAGUUUCUAUCGAUUUGCAGGAAAAUAGAGAUCAGAUUGAAAAUGGUACUCAAGUUUCUGUGAACCCAGAGCAACCAGUUUCUGGCGAUUUUCCAGAAAAUAGAGAUCAAGUUCCUAAAAAAGAGAAAUGUGAUAUUUUCUCCGGUGAUUGGAUCCCAACCUCGGGAGGUCCACUUUACACUAAUGAGAGUUGCAGCUUGAUUGAAGAUCAUCAAAAUUGUAUGAAGAAUGGGCGGCCCGAUACUGGGUAUCUCAAUUGGAGGUGGAAUCCGCGAAAUUGUGAGCUGCCGGCAUUCAACGCAGAACUAUUUCUUAGCUUGAUGAGGAAUAAAACAUGGGUACUGAUUGGUGAUUCAAUAACUCGAAACCACGUCCAGUCAGUGCUUUGCAUUCUCUCAAAGGUGGAACAAGCCAUACAAGUUUACCACGAUGAGGAAUACAGAUCCAAAGGAUGGCACUUCCCCUCAUACAACUUCACCAUCUCGGUGUUUUGGUCCCCUUUCCUAGCCAAAGCCGCCAUUUUUGAAAACUAUAAUGGGGUUUCAACAUCUCCCAUUGAGUUACAUCUUGACAAACUCGAUACAACAUGGACUGACCACUUUCGUGACACAGACUACAUGAUAUUUUCUAGCGGUAAAUGGUUUGUCAAAACCGCAUUCUACUACGAAAAUGGCACAAUAUUGGGCUGUCACAACUGCCCUAAAGAAAACCAAACUGAGCUUGGGUUCGAUUUGGCUUAUCGCAAAGUCCUUCAAAAGGUGUUCAACUUUAUCGUCUCAUCUAAUCACACUGGCAUGAUAAUUUAUAGGACCUCCACGCCAGAUCACUUUGAGAAUGGUGAAUGGUAUAAUGGAGGGAAUUGCCUGAGAACGGAACCAGGCAAGGAAGGCGAGUUCAAGAUGAAUGAAUUGAAUAGAAUUCUUCGCCUUGUUGAGUUAGAGGAAUUUGAGAAGGCGGCUGCGAAAGCAUCUAAAAGAGGGAUUAGCCUUAAACUUCUUGAUGUAAUGCAGCUUUCAUUGCUGAGACCUGACGGACACCCUGGUCUGUACAGAUACUUCCAUCCCGAGGCCAUGGACAACACAACAAAGAUUUUUUAUGACUGUCUGCAUUGGUGUUUGCCGGGGCCCAUAGAUUCAUGGAAUGAUUUGCUUAUGCAGAUGGUUGUGAAUGGUUGAGAAGAUUAUAGCAGAUUGUAUACUGUCAUUGUUUUGUUUUCAUUUGAAAGAUAAAAAAACAUGUUUAACGGAUAAUUUAACAUUCAUUUAUUGAUUUUUUAAGGCAGAUCUAUAGUAUACCUUCAGCAUCAA